AUGGUCAAACCCAUCGUGUUUUUUGACAUCGCCGUUGACGCCAAGCCCUCGGGCUGCGUCUCCAUCAAACUGUUUGCAGACAAGAUUCCAAAGACAGCAGAAAAGUUUCAUGCUCUGAGCACUGGAGAGAAAGGAUUUUGUUAUAAGGGUUCCUGCUUUCACAGAAUUAUUCCAAGGUUUAUGUGUCAGGGUGGUGACUUCACACACCAUAAUGGCACUGGUGGCAAGUCCAUCUAUGGGGAGAAAUUUCAUGAUGAGAACCUCAUCCGAAAGCAUACAGGUUCUGGCAUCUUGUCCAUGGCAAAUGCUGGACCCAACACAAAUGGUUCCCAGUUUUUCAUCUGCACUGCCAAGACUGAGUGUUUGGAUGGCAAGCAUGUGGCCUUUGGCAAGGUGAAAGAACGCAUGAAUAUUGUGGAAGCCAUGGAGCACUUUGGGUACAGGAAUGGCAAGACCAGCAAGAAGAUCACUAUUGCUGACUGUGGACAAUUCUAA